AGAAAAUUGUAUGAUUAAAUUACAUCUUGUCUGUAUAAUUCUCCAACAAAUUUACGGCAGUAAAUACCAUUUAAUAUGAAUGAAGAAUGAAACCUCUGCAAUAAAAGUUUGUCGUCCUCACAUACAUGAUAUAAAUGAGAUUAGCACAAAACAAUUUUGAAUUUCCUCCCAAUUUCUUAUUCCUUGCACGCACUCAUGGAGCUGGAGUCGAAUCUUAGAGAAAAUCUCACCUCCGAUCAGCUGGUUUCUUCAGAAAAUUAUGCCCAAAUCUGCAAGAAAGAAGAAUUCCCAUUCCAAGUUUUUGCAUCUAGAGGAAAUUACCUGCAAGAAUUUCACCACCUCGAUCACUUUCACCCUGUUGGUUCAUCGUCAAAUCCUGUUAUAGAAGACGAAAAUCUGUGCAAUUUUGAUCCUUUCAAUCCAUACUCAUACGGCUCAUCAUCAAAUAAUAAUAUUGUUGUUGAAGAUCAUUUGUAUGAGUAUAAUAAAGUUUGUGCAGAUCAAAAUGGCGGGUGUGGCCAAGUGAUGGACAACUUCCAAAGUGGAGAUUGCUACAAUUUUCAUCAAAGAAAUCACAUCGACGUAAUGGGGUUGGAAAGGAAUUCCAUUAUUCCAUCGAAUUUCCCAGAAAUAAAACCUGUAAAUUUCAUUGUACCUGAUGAAGUCUCUUGCAUAACUUCAGGAAAUGCCCGUAUCCAAAAGGCUAUCAUGAAUAAGAAUGCCACUUUUCCAUCUCUGUUAAGAACUUCCAAAGGUCGAAAGAAGCCCACUGUGAUCAAGGGACAAUGGACAGUUGAAGAAGAUAGGUAUAAAUUUUUUCAAACAUCCCAAUUGAUAUCUGUUCAUAUAUUUUUGUUGAAUGUCAAUAACAGGCUUUUGGUUCAAUUGGUUGAGCAACAUGGACUGAGAAAAUGGUCUCAUAUUGCAAUAAUGUUGCCUGGGAGGAUAGGGAAACAGUGCAGAGAGAGAUGGCACAACCAUCUCAGGCCUGACAUUAAGAAGGACACAUGGAGUGAGGAAGAGGACAGAGUUUUGAUUGAAGCGCAUACGGAAAUAGGAAACAAAUGGGCAGAAAUUGCAAAGAGAUUGCCCGGAAGAACUGAAAAUUCAAUCAAAAACCACUGGAAUGCGACCAAGAGAAGGCAGUAUUCAAAGCGAAAAUGUAGAUCGAAAUACCCGAGGUGCUCGCUUCUGCAGGAUUACAUAAAGAGCCUGAAUCUGGACUCGAACACGUCGCGCCACCAGAGGAAAAGCUCAGCCGCCACCGCCGCGAACAAUGCCAAAUCGAAAUCGGUGGAUCAUAAUCAGGCACCAACCACCGAUUUUUGCCCUAACGAUUGGCCGGUUCCGAAUUUCGAUUUCAAGGACGAAGCAGAGUUUUAUUUCGACGAUAAUUUCUUCCAAGAAGGAUGUAGCAUUAACUCGCUCAUGGAGGACAUUGCUGGCGCCUCCGUCGAUGAUGCAAACAAUUACGAUCGGGAAAGGCCUAACGCCGCCGUAGAGUCAGUUGAUUAUCAUCAGAGAAGCAAAGUUGAAAUGCAGAAAUUGCAGUAUUGUGAUUCGUAUGUCGGGGAGACGGCGGCGCCGGCGCCGGCGGCUGCAGGUAUGGAGUUUGAAGUGAAGAAGGAGCUCGAUUUAGUGGAAAUGAUGACUCGAGUCAACGAAGUUAAUAAGAUGAAAUGA